CCAGUUAACUGUUAUUAUUAAAAGUAGGUGUAAAUUUUGUUUUUAAUUCCUCUUUUAUUUCAUUGUGUUAAAGUUUCCAUAAUCUUAUGAAUUCAAAGUCAAUAAAUAUAUGUAUUUCAAUUAUGUGACACUUUAAUUUCUAAUUCUAUUUUACUUCUACAAUACUAGUGAAUAAAAAGUACAAUAAAAGGGGAGUAUGGGAUAAGGCAGAAAUGAAGCAAUUUAGAAUUUAAGAUCAAAUGAGAUAAGAAUACACAAGACAAAAAUGGCUCGACAUCAUACAUCCUUAAGACUCGCUAGUCAUAGCUUAAGAAAUUACAUAGUGGCUUUCAUUUUAUUAGGUGUCCCAGCUGGGUAUUGCCAGAUAAAAAAAUUGUACGUUGAUGUGAAAGAUAUGAACUUAUUGGUGGAUGAGACCAGAUUGUUCAAAUUAGUCCAGAUCGGCUCAUACAACACAUCCCUCCAAGUGACAUCAAACAUCCAACAUCCUGAUAUAGUGCAGUUCGUGCCGCCCGUCGUCGACAUCCCCGGGUCCGACCCGCCCAAUGCCACCGUCGAGGUGACCUACGACAUAUGCGCCUACGGAAAAAGCCCCGGACAUUCAGAAGUCACGUUCAAUGUCACCCCGGGUGGUUUCGUUGACAUGGACACGGUGUUUGUUCGCGUGACUGUGAUGUAUUCCAACGCGAUCUACGUCAUAUCCUAUAUCAUGGGCUGGAUCUACUUCCUGGCGUGGUCCGUAUCAUUCUACCCUCAGAUAUACAUCAACUUCAAGAGGAAGAGCGUAGUCGGCUUGAACUUUGACUUCCUGGCCCUAAACAUUAUGGGAUUCACCAUGUAUUCACUGUUUAACUGCGGUUUAUACUUCUCUAAGGACAUACAGUCGGAGUAUUUCUCCCGUCACCCCCGCAGCCUCAACCCUGUGCAACUGAACGACGUGUUCUUCUCGCUCCACGCGUCAUUCGCUACCCUCAUCACGAUAACGCAAUGCUUCCUAUAUGAGCGUGAAAACCAGCGAGUAUCGGUGACGGGGCGUUGCGUGCUCGGUGGGAUGGCGGGCGUGGCUCUAGUGUCGGCGAGCGUGGCGGGCGCUGGCAAACUAGCCUGGCUGGACUUCCUCAAUUAUUGCAGCUACAUCAAGCUUUGCAUCACUCUCAUCAAAUACGUGCCUCAGGCGUACAUGAACUAUAAGAGGAAGUCAACGGUCGGUUGGAGCAUUGGGAACAUCUUCCUGGAUUUCGUCGGCGGUUCGCUAUCAGUCCUCCAGAUGACCUUGAACGCUUACAACUACAACGACUGGGUGUCAUUCUUCGGAGACGCGACCAAAUUCGGUCUCGGAUUAUUCAGCCUGGUGUUUGAUAUCUUCUUUAUAUUGCAACACUACGUCUUCUACAGAGAGCGCAAGGAUUUUAUGUUUGAUUCAAGCGAAGAAGGUUCUAUUAGGACAACUGGUGAUAGUGAAUAUUGUUUGGUACCGACCUGGAACGCCGACGAAAAGAAAUACGAUCUGGAAGCGAAGGCGUGAUCCUGCCCCGCACUGCCGUUAUUAUUAUUAUUGUUUUAAUUAAAAUUUUCUUUUAGUAUAGGAUGUAAGUGACGUAGCCAUUUUUGUCGCGAGCCUCAGACGUAUUCAUAUAUUUCACAUUGUUCCGUUGGAAGGGUUGUAUGUUAAUUUUAAAAUUGAAAGUUACAUUCUAGGUUGCUGCAUAUUAUUUACGCAUUUAUUUGUUUUGUUUUUAUUUUUAAUUAUUAUUUCUUAUACUUUAUUGUUCUUUCUUAUUUCAUUUAGUAAAAAUUUACAUAUUUUCCUCUUUUCAUGGCAAUAUUGAUUAGACUGAUCCAUAUUUUUAUUGAUCGCUUAGAUGUAUUACUAGAAAAGUUUACGUUUAACGAAAAUUUAUUUAAAAAUGUAUAUUAUUAAUCUUUAUAUGUAAGUAGAAAUUUAUAUAAAAACGUGCCUUAGAUAUAAUAUUGGAUGUGAAUUGCCAAUUUCUUAAAAAAACAAUCGUGAUGUUGGCAGACUUUAUAAUGUAAAAUUCUACUUAUAACAAUGACGUCGUUUAGGGCCACUCGGUAAUUUAGAUUCAUUUAUAUUAUUGUGAUUUAUUUAAAUUAGCCUACAGGAAUAUAUGUAAACGUUGUUAUACUUAAAAAACAGAUACAAUCAAAUACCAUGAAGUGGCCUGAAAUUGUAAAAAGUAAAAAUCACGUACUUUUAAGACAAUCUGUGAUAAAACACAUUUUAUAUUAAAAUGUGGAUAUUAUCAAAUGCAUUUUAAUUUGAAACCUUCACUGAAUUAUUGAACUAUUGCCAUCUUAUACAUCGCACUAUAACAUACUUCGUGAUAUUUAUUACUUCCUGAAAAUUUUCCUGCUGUAUUUUUUUUUUAAUAAAUAAGUAUGUUUUU